AUGCUGAAAGAGCUUCGGCCGACAAUUCUCUGGAAGCGGCCAAGGCACUCCAAGGAUGAUGUCCGUGGCAUCAUAUCCAACACGUACGGCGGAGCACAGCGAGUGUCUGUCACGGCCCAAAAGACGCUCUCCGCCACAGGCCUGACCAACUCAUCCUACCAAUUCCAGGCGGCGAGCAAACGAGGCUUCUCCGAGUUCCUCAACGACUACUACGACGACGAGGGUUGGUGGGCGCUCGCAUUGAUCAGGUCGUGGGAUGUGACGCACGAGCAAGCUUACCUCAACAUGGCCGAGCACAUCUUCAGGGACAUGCAAGCCGGUACAGACGGUACGUGCGGUGGCGGCCUCUGGUGGAGCAAGGAAAAGUCGUACAAAAAUGCCAUCGCCAACGAGCUCUACCUCAGCGUGGCGGCCAGCCUCGCAAACCGCAUCUCGAGCAGGAAGGCAGAGUACACCCAGAUCGCCAAGGACCAGUGGGCGUGGUUUAAGAAAAGCGGCAUGAUCAACAAGAACAACCUCAUCAACGACGGCCUCAAGAUCAACUCGGAUGGCAGCUGCGUCAACAACGGCAUGAGGACCUGGUCGUACAACCAGGGGGUGGUGUUGGGCGGACUGGCCGAGCUGUCCAAAGCAACCGGAGAUUCAUCGUACCUCAACCAAGCCGCCACCAUCGCCAAGGCGGCCAUUGUACUCCUCAGCGACGAGAACGGCAUCAUCCGGGAGGUGGACAAGUGCGAGCCAAAUUGCGGUGCUGACGGCAGCCAGUUUAAGGGCAUCUUUGUGCGAAACCUGCAUUAUUUGCACAAAGCGGCGCCGCAGGACGCGUUCCGGACGGCGAUCCAGAAGAACGCCAACUCGAUCUGGUCGAAGGACCGGAACAGCAAGAACCAGCUGGGUAUUAAAUGGACGGGGCCGCCGGAUCUGGGCGACGGGCCGAAUGCUUCGACUCAUAGCUCGGCGAUGGAUGUGAUUGUCGCGGCCCUGGCUAUUGGUGUUUAA